AUGUCAUAUCCUCAACCAUACACCAAUUUCGGAGAAGCAAAGCUACACAAGCUUGUAUUCGAAGCACCUGGCGUGCUAAGGGUAAGCUUCAAUCGUGGAAAAGUGAAUGCAUGGAUUGAACCAAUGUGGAGAGAAUUGGACGCCAUCUUUCGCUUUAUCGCUCGUGAUCCAGAUGUGAAUGCUAUUGUGUUGACAGGAGAGAAUCGUUGCUUUACUGCUGGACUGGAUUUGAUGAGCUCCUCGCUGGGAGCAGUGAUGGAUCCUGCAGGAGAUGAUCCAGCAAGACGUGCAAUGGUGAUGACUUAUUGGAUUCAAGAAUUUCAAGAUGCACUAACACAAAUGGAAAGAUGUCAUAAACCCGUCGUUGCGGCAGUGCAUAAUGUCGCAUAUGGCUUGGCGGUGGAUCUUUUAAGUGCGGUUGAUAUUCGUUAUGCAGCUGAAGAUGUUCGAUUUUCUAUCAGAGAAGUUGACGCUGGGUUAGCAGCUGAUAUUGGUACUUUACAAAGAUUCCCAAAGAUUGUUGGCAAUGAUUCUUGGGUACGAGAAUUAGCCUUUACGGGAAGAGAAUUUGAUGCCAAAGAAGCCUUACAGUUUGGCUUCAUUUCAAAGAUUGUCCCUGGUGGAAAAGAUGCUGUUUUUGCAGAAGCUAUCAAAACAGCAACAAUUUUGGCUGAAAAGAGUCCAGUCGCUUUGCGUAAUACGAAGCAUCUACUAUUGCACAGCAGAGAUCAUACAGUUCAAGAGGGUUUGACAUACACUGCAGUCUUGAACGGAGCAGGAUUACAAGCAGGAGAUAUUCCAGAAGCUAUGAUGUCAGUUAUGCAAAAGAAGAAGCCCAACUUUGCUAAGCUUUAA